UCUCUACAGCUCUCGACUCGGUUGUUUAAUGUUGAAGAAGGAGACUCUCUGCAUCAAAACAAGAUCAAAUGGAAGGGAAGAAGCGCCAAUAGGUCAUCGAGUAAAACGAUUGCCCCGUGCAGAGAAAGAGACUUUCUUCUUCGUUUUAAAUAUUUUCUAUUCCUUUCUUUCAUCCUGGCGGAAUUUCCUGCUCGUCCAAGGGAUUUUGAGUAUUUUUUGAACAGCUGAAGGCUUAAUCCUGCAACCUAUCUUCAGAAUCCAUGGAGAAAGAUGCUAAGGUAGAGGAGACUAUUGAUUAUAGAAAAGGUGUUGAAUUGGCAAAAUCGGUCUCUGAAAAACAUCUUGAUCUUUUGAGGCCAUCUGCUCGAUAUUAUUCAAUAUUUAAAGACCGGGAAAAGGGAAAGUAUGCCCUACUGAAAGAUACAGAGGAUUAUCAACAAGGAAUUUAUGACAGGCCUCUUCCAUUUUAUGGAUGCGGAGUUGGAUGGUUUUCAUUUCUCGUGGGAUUUCUGUGCCCAUUAAUGUGGUACUAUGGGACAAUUCUCUAUUUUCAAAAACACUAUCGGAAGGAUCCAAGGGAACGGGCAGGGCUUGGAGCUUCUGCAAUAGCUGCACUUUUAUGCACAGUAGGAUUGAUGAUUACGGCAGCCAUUUUUGCAUUGAAAUUUGGGUUACGGCCUUGAUAAGUCAAGUACAGCACAAAUGCAUAUUGGUGAAGAUUUGAGAAGCAAUUCUUACAACUGAUUUGCAGCAAAGACUGGGCUUGUAUAUAGCAAUUUGCAAAUUAUAGGAUCAAAAUGGCUUGCAUAUUAUACUUGGAGUGAAACACAAGAUUGUCAUCAUAAAGGUCUACUAAAAUCUUUAUUUGUUAUUAUUUUUUCUAAAACUUUGACAUCUAUCUAUAUAUAAAAGUAGGGUUUUGAGCUGCUCUCCUGUUGUUCCACCUCUUUGGCCCGCAUGGCAACUCAAGAAGUGGCUCUUCCUCAUGCCCUUCAAUGAAUUAUUGAAUUUUAUUAUAUGCGAUCUUGAAUUUAAUAUU